UUAUUUUGGUUCCUGUUUUGUUAAAUAUAAACACAUUCAGCACAGGCUUUUCCUGUUUAAUUUACAGUCGCCUAAUAACACUGGACUAAAUGCAAUAACUGACGCUGAAAUACUGCUUUAUAGUUCGGCUGUUGAGUUAAGAAUGAAGCUCAGGGUGAGAAUCAACAAACAGAGCAGCAGGCUGGAGCUGGACGGACCGGAACCGACGCUGUCCGAGCUCAGAGGCCGGGUCAGAGACGCCCUGCUGCCUCGGUGCGGACUCGGGUCUGAUGUGGACUUCAGUCUGUCUCUGAACGGGAAGGAGGUUCUGCUGGACACGGGACAGACGCUCUCCUCGUGUGGGGUUGUUUCUGGUGAUAUGAUCACUGUGAUCUUGCCCGAGCAAACACAGACUGCCCCAGAAACCUCGAGCAGAGCAAACACAGCCACGUCCAGCGAGGAGGCUGAAGCCAGCGGUGGAUCGAACAGCAGCGGUGUGAGGGAUUCUGGGAUGGAGGAGUGGGUGGAGGAUGAGGAGGGUGUGUCUCCGCCGCUGCUGUGCUGUGAGACGGAGGAUGGAGUGAUUCCUCACGCGCUGGAGCGGCUGCUGGACUCCUCGAGCUGCAGAAACCCGUCUGACUGUCUGAUGCUGACGGUGCAUCUGCUGCUGCUGGAGACCGGCUUCCUGCCGCAGGGUUGUAAUGUGAAAUCAGGAGAGAUGCCGAUUGGCUGGCGGGCAGCAGGGGGCGUGUACAGACUUCAGUAUGCCCACCCACUUCUGGAGAACAGCGUGGUGUCGGCGGUCGCCGUGCCGAUGGGACAAACCCUCGUCAUUAAUGCUGUUCUGAAGAUGGACAAGAGUAUGGAGAAUUCACGCAAGCUGGUGCUGAAACCAGAGGAUCAUGUGACUGCUGAUUGGGAAGGUGGCUGCGCAGGCGUCGUCUACACAGACUUGCGCAGACUGUCUCGUCUCUUUAAAGAUCAGCUGGUGUAUCCGCUCAUGGCUGCCGCCAGACAGGCGCUGGGUCUGCCGGCUCUCUUCGGUCUGGCUGUUCUUCCUCCUGAGCUGCUGUUGCGUGUUUUACGGCUGCUGGACGUCGUCUCUCUCAUCUCACUGUCAGCCGUGUGCCGAGACCUGAACGUCGCUACCCAUGAUCCUUCACUCUGGAGACACCUGCUGCACAGAGACUUCCGGGUGUGUUUACCUGCAGGAAAUCAACACCGAGACACUGACUGGACGGAGCUUUACAAAAAGAAGUAUAAGCAGAGGAAGGAGAAUGAACGCAGGGGCAGAUGCCGCUUUUACCCGCCUCACGUGCCUCCGAUCUUCCCUCUCACCCCCGUCCCGUCCGCUCCGGUUCCUCUUCCUCUCUAUCCUCCCGGCAUCAUCGGCGGAGAUUACGACCAGGCGCCCGUCAUCCUGCCCCGCCCACGCUUCGACCCCAUUGGCCCGCUCCCGGGUCAUCUGCCAGGGUUGGGCGUUCCCAUUGGCCGACGGAGCCUGAGGCCGGGAGGAAGUCGACCGGCGGACAUCAGGAGAGGUUUCAUUUGAACACUUUAAAUGCUUAUUUUUCUAAACAGGAAGAGAUCAUUAUUUUUUGUUCUUCAUUAAUUAAAACAUUCCUGGGACAUUCAGACCGACAAACACACCGCAAAGAUUCAUUACAGGAAUAAUUCACCCAAAAACACAAAUGAUGCAUUAUAGUGCAAGAUGUGUUUAAGGCAUAAACAACAUUCAAUAAAAAGUUAAGUUGUGAGUUUGA